GGUCCCUGCCAGAUGAAAAUCUGGAUUUUUUUAGAUGGAAGGAUGGACCACCACAAAUAAAAAAUGAAGAUGCGUGUGCAUUCAUGGAUAAAGAUGGCGAAUGGAUUGUGAGUGACUGUGGAACUAAAAGAAGUUUUGUUUGCCAUGGAAACGAGGUUGCCAGUGGUCUAAUUGUAACUGAGACCAAAUCAUGGAGGGACGCUCAGAAUCAUUGCAGAGGCUUGUCAUCUGAUCUCAUUAGCAUACACUCAGCAGAAGAGAAUGAGGCAGUGCAUGAUUUGUCUGAGUCAGAAAACGUGUGGAUUGGCCUCUUUAAAGAUUCCUGGAAGUGGUCUGAUGGGAGCAUGUCAUCUUUCCGUUAUUGGCUACCUGCUCAGCCUAACUACAAAGGUCAGAAUUGUACUGCUGUCAUUUUCAAAAAUCAAGGCAAGUGGAAUGACCUGAAAUGUGCCGGAAAGCGCCAUUUCGUUUGCCAAGGGGCAAGAAAAUCAAUUCCAACAACCACGCAUCAAAGUACAGAGGGGACGACAGAAGAUCUGACAACUUCUUACUCAUCAACAUCUCAAGAGGUCAUAAUUACUUUUCAUUUUAAUGUGGUUUCUAAUACUUCGCACACCUCUAACGUUACCACGGAAGAAUCAACAACUGCUGAUCGUCCAACAACACCAAAUACCACGGAUCUUGUGUCAAGCACGUCAAGCACCGAGCUCAACAAUGCAGCAACAGAAAUGUCAACUGUGACAGCAACACAGCAAAUUCCCACUACUACCGCAUUCAUAACUAGAAGUGGUAUCUCUACUUUUACAACACUGAAGCCGACUUCAGCCGAUACCACUUCACCGUCCUUAACUCUAAAGCCCACUAAAACCACCACUACUACCGCACUCAUAACUAGCGGUGGUAUCUCUACUUUAACUACACUGAAGGCGACUUCAGCCGAUACCACUUCACCGUCCUUAACUCUAAAGCCCACGGAAACCAGUCAUAGUUUGCAGACAGGAAACCUGAUACUAGUCCGGAAAAAUAUGACAUGGAUUGAAGCUAUGGGAUACUGCAGGGACCACCAUAUUGAUCUCAUCCACAUUACCACCAAAGACAUUCAAGGGAAGGUGGCUGACAUGGCAAAGAAAGCCACAUCACCACAUGUUUGGCUAGGUUUACGAUUCACUUGUAAAUUUAACUUUUGGUUCUGGACAAAUUCAACUACGAGUUGUUACCGGAACUGGGCCCCUGGACAAGGACCUAAAGGGAGACAUGACUGUGGUGUUACAGGUGCCAUUGACACCACUGGGAGGCAGCAGUGGGUAGGCCUGCCUGAGACAGAACAGCUGAAUUUCAUCUGCUCCACAUGCACUGAAUGAGAGUGGAGUAACUUCAGGAGACAUUGUUGUUGUUGUUGUAGUUUUUCUGUAUGCUGUAUGGAAAAAAAAUGAAACUGUUCUGGCUAAACAAUCUUUGUGGAUCGAAAGUAUAUGAUUCAACAUUAAAUACAAGUUUCUUUUAACCAAUUGUGACAUCAACUUAUUUGAUUUUAAUGCUCACUUAUGACGUCAUACUUCUACCAUUGUUGAAAUACAGCUGCCUUCUCUAUUGUUGAUUUUGAAUUUCAUUAAAUAUGAAAACCUCCUGUGGUGUGUAGGCGUGGACAUUCACAGUCAUGGGCAGCAAGAGUAAUGUGAGAACAUUGAUCUGCUUUAUGCCUUUCACUCAGGGGUUACUAUUUGCAUGUUGACCCCCUGGGUUGGGCCCCAACAUUUUCUUUUUUAGACCACCAGAGUGUGGCCCCGAUCCAGACUGCCUGCUGCCCUCUCUGACCUGACCUUCACUAGAGGACACAUGGAAGACAGCGCUCACAGACGCUCACCUUCCUGUCUGCACCCUUGAG